AUGCAAGUUAUGAGGACAAGUUACGCCUACAGAGGGCGAUAUGACAGAGAUGUUGCUGCCAUACCGGGACCGUAUACCAAACCAUUUCCCAAAACAAUAAAUGCACAUACUGCUAAAGAUGUAUUUAAUGUUCCUAAGGAACCGGCUGUUAUCUUAGAAAAAAACUUGAACCAUACAAAUGAACGAUUGGAGGAUGGUUAUCCUCAAGACAAUGUAUAUCAACAUACUGGAAGUGAGGCAACUUAUCUUGACAAGAAGCAAAUAGACUACAAGAAAGAUAUUCCGUUCUACAAAGACAUAAAGACAGGACCAUCGUAUGUAAAACCUCGUGAACCAAUAUCUUUCCGCGAGAAGGUAAGCUACCGGAACCAAGAGGAAUGGGAGAGAACAAAACCCCCUGGACAGUACACAAAGGAAGGCGACAUUAUUAAAGAAAGCAUUAAAAAAGCCCGACAAGAACGAAUGGCAAAAGAGAAGGAAUUGAUUAGUAGGAGAGAAAAUUAUAACUCAAAAGGGCCGCUCAUGUCAACCCGUGCUGAUCCUCCGCUAAAAGAUGGAUAUGAUACAAACGCAAAAGAUGAUUUUGAUGUUCCCAAAGAACCUGCUAUAGUUUUGGAUAAAGGUUAUCCAGAUAUGUCGACCAAAUAUGGAGAUGGGGGUUUUUACAAUGAUUCAGGUAUACCAAGCGACAUGAUUGGAAGCAUGAGUCCACGAAAAGGGAUGGUAGGCAAAAGCUUUGGAAAACUCGAGGUUGCAGACGAGAUUGCGAUCAUGUUACAAAGAAAGGGAGCCGGUGUGAAGGACCAAGAAGAUCCAAAAUCCGCAGGGGGUCCUGCCUCAGCGAUCAGAAUAGACGACUUAAAAGAUGAUUUUUUGAUAUGUGAAAAUUGUAAAAGGGAGUAUGAUGAGAAAACCCAUAUACCAAGAGUGUUGCCUUGUCUUCAUACAUACUGUCAGCGUUGCCUAGGUGAUAUUACACGCGAUUGGACAGUUGCAUGUCCAACCUGUAAAUCUCAGCAUCACAUCCCUGGAGACAGUGUAGCUAACUUUCCGAAAGAUAAUACCAGACGCAGCCUUCGUGAUUUUGUCCAUCUCAAAAAGAAAGGACAGCGAGUUGCAUGCAGAGAUUGUCCUGAUUCAGGCGUAGCUGCUUUCUUUUGUAAGGACUGUUACUCUUUUAUGUGUCAUGAAUGCCGUAAAGCUCAUCUCCGAAACUUUAUGUCUAGAAAUCAUAACAUUGUUUUACUGGAUCAAAUUCAAAACUCUGGUAUUGAACCGUUCCUACGAAAUGAAACUUGUGAUCGCCAAGGUCACGACGGUCAACCAUUAGUUUACUUUUGUGUAUCCAAGACGUGCAACAAACCCGUUUGCAAAAUGUGCACUGUCUUAGAACACCAGUCUGACCGAGGACAUAUGGUAAGGCGACUUGGAGAUGCAUAUGAAGACCACAAAGAGCAAGUAAGUAAUUUGGUCAAACAAGUAGAAGAUAAAAUAACUCUAAACAAGACAGUGAUGAUUGAAACGGAAGACGAGAUGCGUAAUUUAGAUAAGAAACAGACCGACAUUACCAAAGAAAUAGACCACGAGAUAGAUGAAGGGGUUCACAUGCUUGAAGUGCGCAGAAGAGAACUUAAAGACACAUUAAAAGAAAAAUGUAAGAAAAAGAGAGGAGUAUUGCAGUCACAAAGAGAAGGCUUGAAAUAUAACCUGUCACUGAUGUUAUCUGCUAAGGAGUUUACAAGUCAUAUUAUGACUCACAGUAUGCCUGCUGAGUUUGUCAUCCUAACUGACACGCUACGUAAUCGGUUGGUCUUUUUAAGAGACAACCAUAUUGACGCCUGUCCAUUAGAAAACUCCUUUAUAGCUUUUGAUAAAGACAAAAUGGGAGCUGAUUUUAAACAAUACAUCAUUGAUAUGGGAAAGAUAAGAUCUACCGCCAUUUUUCCUCCGAAGACAUUGGUUGAGGCUAUGGAUGUUCCAGUUGAGAACGAGGCCGAAGUCUUGAAAGUUUUUCUCUAUGACAGUAAAGGAACACCACAAAAAGAUAGCUUCGAUUGUGUGUUGGUAGAUAUUAAAGAUCCAAAGGGAAGAAUGCACCCGGCGACAGUAGAAGAUUCCAAAACCUUAGAAGGAUGCUAUAGGGUUUAUUAUACGGCAAGCAUGACUGGAGCACAUAUUGCUUACGUCAGAGUCCUUGGAAGACUCGUCAGAGAAGAAGGAUUUCCAUUCCUGUCCAAGUCUCCAGGAGAAAUUGAUAAAAGAUUCGGGGAUAUACUGUGUCCUGGAUUCCUGUUCGAUUCCAGUACAGCUCAUUCCGAACGAGAAGUUAGUGGUAAUGGACGAAUGCUGAAAUCUGACAUCACAACACUGAAAAAGAAUACAACCCGCCAUGUUAAAAAGUUUAAAGCAGGGAAGGCUUUCCCGUGGGAUGACCCUUCUCAGGAUACUGGAAGGACAGAAAAGGGGAAACUUUUAGAUGAAAGUGAUGCAAAGAAGCUACGUAAAUAUUGUGGAGUAAUUGGAACACGACCUUUUAGGGACACGGGUCGAUACUAUUAUGAAGCAAUGAUUUCUUUCCGAAUACAUGUCAAUCUGGUUAGAAAUGCAUUGAUAUUUGAAGUUGGUCUCGGUCGUUGGGACAGCAUCCACGCCAGCUUUUACGUUGGUGCACAGUCAUAUGCAUGGUCGUUUUCAGCAGAAAGAUGUAACGAGCAUAAACAACUUUGUCACAAAUUCCGCCACAAGAGAACCCUUUUGUUACAUUCUCCGUUAUCUUCGGACACUGCUGGUACUGUGAUGACGAUGACAUACGGGUUCUUGGUGGAUGUUGACAAUCGUCAGUGGUCUAUAAUUGACAACCUCAGCCAGAAGAUUCUGUAUAGUUUCAGAAAUCUUGACUUUAGCGAACCACUCUGGCCUGUAUUUGGUACUUACAACCCCUAUUCAGCACAUGUAGAGAUGCAUCUAAAAUCAGGUAGCUCUGUUGGUAAAAUACCUGCAAUUGCUACAUUGAUAUAACAUUAGUAAAAAAAAUGCACUUCCUUAUUCUCUUUUACAGUCACGUGUCCUCUUAUAGUUCUUGAUAUCUAUG